UUUGCAAUGACCUUACUUCCGAAAAACACUCUUCAAUCUCCAUACAUGGCUUUGAGAUCCCCAUUUCGUUUAUCUUCAAUCUCUCAAAACUCAUCUCUUAAAGGGAACAUUUCAUCUUUGUUGGCUCACUUACACAACCUCACAACUUCAAGCUCCAAAAAUGAAGUUUUGUAUUCUUUCGAAAAACCCCUUGAACGAUCCUCACUUGCAAAAUUCCUCAAAGAAAAUUGUCGAUCGGGUAACUUUACUCUGAAUGAAGCAUUGAACUUUUUUUAUUACAUGAUUAAUUCGCAACCUAUUUCUCCAAUUUCAUCAUUCAACAUAUUGUUUGGUGCACUAGCUAAGAAGAAGUAUUAUUAUGAAAUGAUUUCGCUUUAUAAGUGUUUUAAUUCAACUGGGUUGUCUCCAGAUUUUAUUUCUUUGAAAAUUUUGAUUAAUUGCUUCUGUAAUAUUGAAAGGUCAUCGGAUAGUUUUGCGGUUUUUGGGGUGAUUUUGAAGAAGGGUUUUAGCCCAGAUGUGGUGACUUUUACUUGUUUGAUCAAAGGUCUGUGCGUAGAGAGAAAGAUUAUGGAGUCGAUGGAGUUGCUUAAGAAAAUGGUUACUGUUGGUUGUAGGCCUGAUGUGAUCACUUAUGGGACUUUGAUGGGUGGAUUGUGUCAAACUGGGAAUGUAAGUGUUGCCAUUAAGUUGCAUGAAGAAAUGGCUAAGGGAAAUGAAGAAUCUGGUGUUACUUGUAGGCCAAACGUGGUUACCUAUAGUAUUAUAAUCGAUGGUCUUUGUAAGGAUGGAUUAAUUAAGAAGGCUAGACAGUUAUUUUUGGAAAUGAAGAGCUCGGGAAUUAGUCCAAACAUAGUAACUUAUACUGUUCUAAUUCAUGGUUUUUGUCAUGUGGGUGAUUGGGAGAUUGUUAAAAGUUUAUUUAUAUCGAUGAUGGAUCAAGGUGUGCAGCCUUGUGUGGUGACAUUUACUGUGGUCAUAGAUUUUCUUUGCAAGGAAGGGAAACUGGACGAAGUAAAUAGGUUGUUGCAACUUAUGGUUCAACAAGGUGUGGAACCUGACGCUUAUAUUUAUAGCAUUUUAAUGAAUGGUUAUUGCUUAGCAGGUAGAAUUGGUUAUGCAAGAGAGUUGUUGAAUUCUAUAACUAGAGAGGGGUAUAGAGCUAAUGUUGUAUGGUACAGUACUUUAAUCAAUUGGUAUUGCAAGAACAAAAUGGUCAACAAAGCUCUUAGUCUUUAUCAAAAGAUGAUUUCAGAAGGGAUUAGGCCUGAUGUGAUUUUAUAUACCACCUUGAUCAAUGGGCUCUGUAACAGUGGAGAACUAGAAAAGGCAAAUGAGUUGUUGUCAUAUAUGGAGGAAAAAGGUUGUGCUCCAAAUGUAGUCACAUUUGGUACGCUCAUGUUUGGUUUCCUAAAAAAUGAUGAGAUGCCAAAAGUUGUUGAACUCCUUCAUAAAAUGGCAGAGAGAAAUGUGAAGCCGACUGAAUUUAUAAUGUCCUUAGUCAUGCAGUUACUUAUGAAGGCCGAAAAUUAUCGUGAAUGUUUGAACCAGCUUCCUCAAUUUGGUCCAAAAGAGAAAUUGAAGUUUACUUGAUACAACUUUACUGAGUAUUAAACUUUUUUCAGAUCAGAAUCCUGCAAAAGUUCAUCCAGCUGCCCAAAUGCUCUAUGUUAAUUACGGUAAGAAGAAGGUUCAGUUAACACUUUCAUCUGUUCAAAUUUGAUAGGGAUGGUGAUGGGGAUGAUUGAAAAUGAUGGCUUCCUUGAUUAGACAUACGAUAUGUGAUCUAUUUCUGUUUUAAUUGCAUAUAGUGGAGGUGGCAGCAUCGUAGGCUGCAUCAGCAUUUGCAUGUGAAAUAGGUCUUAAGGGUUUGAGGAUUAUUUCUGGUGCAAACUUCUGUAAGAAAAAGUUGUAUAUAAGAAAUUGGGGAAUGGUUCUGACUUCAACUACGAAAAUAAUGGUAGCCGCUCAAGUUCAUCUGUUCAAGCUGAUCGGUUUCCUGGACGAUGGUAUGUCUCUAAUGUAGCUAUGCACGAUCAGGCACUCUUUCAACGAUAGCUGAUGAAGACAAAGCAAGAAGAGCAUUGGAGAAGGUUCUUAACUAUAAUUUCUUAAAGAUUAUGGAUGCAUGGCAGGGGCCGCUCAAUCAGGUCUACCUGUUGGAACAGUUGACAUGACAAUAUUGCAGUUGAGAGAAAUAUGGUCUGGUGUUACAUAUGCAGUUCCUGUAGCGGACUCUUUGAAGCAGCAUGGUGUGAAAAUGCCAUUGAAAUCUGUGAAGCAGCAUGGUGUGAAAAUGGACUCGGGUAAGAUCCCCCUAAGGUUAUCAAACGGUGUAAUCUUAUAACUUAGUUAAUAAGCUGUUAAGUUAGCUAUGAGUCUCUGUUUUUUACAUCUAAAUCUGUCUCAAAUCUGUAUAGACUUCAUUGCAGCAUCUGUUUUGUGGAUUUACCGUUUAAUGAUUUUCUAUUAGAUUCU